AAAUAACAUGGAGGUGGUUCAGUGAAGUGUUUGCCUUUGUUUACGUGUCGGACGAAUUCAGAAUUACGAAAAUUUUCAUUCUGUUUCGUUUUAUGGAAUUGAUUUAUGUUUUAUUCUUCAAAAUAAAGUUCAAAAAGAUAAUUUGUGCCCAAUUGAAAUGAAUAACGGGGAUAUCGGUGGGUCUAGAGGAAAAGGUCGCGGAUGGAAGCAAUCUGAAAAUCCUCCCAAGGAGUUGCGUCGUCCUAAAACUUUAACGGAGGAUGCGAAAGUUGAACCACCCAAGUCAAAUCUAUCUGCAGAAGCCAAGGAAUGGUAUCCCCCAAAUUAUGUACCCCAGUCUACGGUAACAUAUGCACCAGAUGCACAGUACCGAGUUCCACGGUUUUCAGUCCAGGAUCGCCUACGUCAAGCACAAGAUCAAGAUCCUUACAACUUUGAAGACAUGUCAAACUGGCUUGAUGAAACAGAAAAUGUGGAUUUAAGGGAGCACAUUGCAUAUCUAAUCACGGUUAUGUGUGAAAUAACAUUUGACCCCGGCAAGUUUGACAUCUUGUGUGGCUCCAUUGUGGAUUUGUUUGCAUCGAGUUUACACGAUGCUACAUACACUAGAGCCCUUGUGGAAGCCAUUGUCAAUCAGUCAAUCGGCGAGUCGAACUUCCGAUACAAUGGUGCGCGUCUAUGUUCGAUGUACGAUUCCGUCGCCACGCCAGAAGAAUCGACCUUCCGAGCAUGCCUGUUGGAGCGGUGCUCUGCCGAGGAGAACAAGAUCAUUAGCGGUGUUGAGACGUCUGAAGAGAAUAUGCGCGGCUUUGCCAUGUUCUUGGCUGAGAUUUACACUCAGCUGGAAGACAACCAGGGUGGAAGAAUAAAAUCGUUAGGUGAAAGUCUCUGUAAGGUGUUAUUGCAUCUAUUGGACACUGACAAAGAAACCAACAUUAAAGCAGUGUGCCAGUUGUUAAAGCUGUCGGGCAUAGCGCUGGACGCGGACUGUCCGGCGGGCAUGCACGCGGCGUUCGAGCGGCUGAAGCGUCGCUCGCAGCUCGGCUGUGUGCGCGCCGUCGUGUCGCUGCGCGCCGCGCGCUGGGGGCUCGCCGACACGGACGCGGGGAACAACGGGGACGCGAGGCGCCGAUACAACGGUAUGGUGAGUCCCGAGGGCGGGUACCUGGCGGACGGGCACGCGCUGACGGCAGAGGAGUGCGCCUUCAUGCAGAACAACCUGCCCUCCGCCAAGGGCCAAGCCAUCGAGGAGGAGAUCCUCGAGGAGCUCGAAAACGACGCGUGGGAGACUGGCAUGGACGCGGAGAUGCAAGAGGGCUUCCUCGAAUUUCUCAAGAUGUCAAACCAGAUCAAGCGAUAACCGCCCAGCGGCGGCUUCACCGGAUCAGACCAGCGUCUUUUCUACGAUAUUAGUUUAAAAGAAAAAAAAAAUACAAAAUAUAUGUAAAAUCACAAAAAGAUUUCGCUGUCAUAGCACAUAGUACGCGAGUCCAUACGGCAAUACUAACACAAAAUCCAAUGUAUUUGUACAAUUCAUAGCAAUAAUACGGCUUACUACUGAUACUUACAUACGUUAUUGUAUUGUCUCAAUUUUACGCAUUUGUUACAUAGUAAAGAAACUAUUUUAACGGAUUGUGGAGGUGUUGUUCUGUAACGUAGUAGCGCUGUAUGUUCGCAGGAGGUAAUUAGUAAUUGUGUAAGUUAUAUGUUUGCUGUGUUGAUCCGUUAAAGUUGUUUAUAAUGUUAACAGCCGAUUCGUUUAUCUUGCAUGGACUUAUUGAAAUUGAUAUUUAACUUGUAUUCCUCUAUCUGCUUUCAUAACAGGUAAAAGUAGAUAAGACGAUUCUGUCUUGAAAUAAUAUUUGGUCUGCGAUCCGAAAAUGUAUGAAUUAAAUUGACAGUGACUCUUAGAUGUAAUUAUCAUUUUAUAAACAUUUCUAUAGUUAAAACGGUGAAGACUAAAUGUAAACAAGUUCAUGAAAUGGAGAUAAUUUGAACACGAAUGCAUAAUAAUUGACUGGAUAAAAAUAUUUUAAAAUAAUAAAUUAUAUGAGGCGUGGCAAAUGGUAUAUGAAUAUGUAUUUAUUUGCUUGAUAAAUAAAUAGAAUAGCUAUUUUAAGCACGUCAAAAAAACGAAGGUAAUUUUUUUAUCCAGUUUCUGCGGUUUUUUUUAAACAUAUAAGGACAAGAUAUAUUUAAGUUACUCGGGGGAGUCACCGAUGAGAGUGUAGUUUAUACAUUCUAGUUAGCUCUAACCGCAGUUGUUUAACUUUAUAACUUCUUGUUUACAUUUCGUCUGUAUAUUAUGUUAAAAUUAUUUAGUGAUCUCAUUAUGGUUCCAUUUAUUUCGUCUAAUUCAUGACAAUAAAUAACAAAUUUCCAUACUGCUUCAGAAGGUCAAAUUUCAUCUUCCAACAAUUAAAAAAAUGUUUAAAAAUAGUACAGA